AUGUCGGAUAUGCUCGCGAAGCUUACGGAGUUCUUUUUGUUGAGCAUUUCGCUAAUCGCUCUUAUUUUUGACAUAGCUCAAUCUCACUGGGAGAGUUUGACCGAUAAGCAAAUGGCCGAACUGCCCGCCUAUGCUCCACCAAAACCAGUGCAGAAGUCGAGUACGGCCAGUGCAACCAAAGGUGCAAAUGGCGUAAUUCCGGGCUCGGUGAUAAGUUCAAGUGGUGGCGAGGGUGUGCAGAUGACCACAUCAGCCACAGAUAUGCCAGCGAUAAACAGUAAGAGUGCCCUGCAAGGCACUCGCAAAGCAGCUAGUGAUAGCGUCAGUAUACCCCUGGACACCGUGGUAGCGAAGAUAGAGAGCCUGGACACCACAUCAGAUGCUGCGUUGCUAGAUGCAGCUGUAUCGAAUACUGGCAGGUCAACGAGUGACGGUGCCGCUACUACCACCGGGGGCUCAGUACAAAAGUACAAAUUUAUUGCAGGCGACUAG